UAAAUCGGUUAUUCGGUUAUCGGUUGUGCUUCGCAGUUCUCGUGUGCCGAAAACAGCUCCUCGUGUUAUACAUGUUAACGAGUUCAACAGUUGGCCGGUAGACAAAAUUGUGUGCAUGAACAGGAGAACACGUUUGCCACAGUUUAGUCGGUCUCUUUCUUAACGUUACUUUACAUUUGCGAAUUUCCUUUGAUUCUCGAAGGCAGUACAAUGGAACAACCGGUCAAAACAGUCGCUCCUAAGACUAAGGACCGAAAGCCUUUGCACAUAUUGCAACCAGCAGCCACUGAUAACGAAACUUUAGUUGGAGCUGACAGGAUUCUUAGAUUUGCUAAGUCAAAAGAGACGAAAACAAAAACAAAACAGUACGCAAUAGAAAAUGUUGAGAAGGAUACUGCUAAGUGCACAAAAAUGACUAAGAUAAGCAAGGCUGUCCAGACUGCACGAGAGGAAAAAGCGAAAAUUGAAGUAGAAGAUUUAACAUCAGACGAGCCUAGCGAAAACUACUGGCAAAUUGUGGCUGAAAGAAGACGAAUGGCGCUUGUGAAUGCCAUAGAAGAAAAUGAGAAACUGGCACAGUAUAUUGAAAAGUUGGAAGAGGAAAAUCGUGUCUACAAGGAAAUGUUGGACGUGACGAAAACAUUUGUCGAAGUACUACAGGAGCAAAUUGAAGACGACAGAAGCGGCAUAAAUAACUCGUUAGGUGACAGCACUCUUUGAUUUGAGUUAGCCCUCAAUUCCUCGAUGAAAACAAGAGAAAUGAAUAAUACACUAGUGAUUACGAUGUUAAUUUAUAAAAACUAUUUAUAUAACGUGAGCAAAGUGUUUGCUUAAAGUAUUUGCCAUUUUUUACAUUUAGCCAAUAUUUUAAAGGAUGACGUAAAUACAUUUCUCUUGCAAUAGAAUUAUUUUUCACUUUAUAUUGGUAUCACGCAAAUUGUUAAUCGCUAAUAUUAGAAAUACACAAGUAAUAUGUGAAGUUAAAACUAUCAACCUAUUGACAUGUAUAAUGCGGCGAUAAUAGGAUGGUUGGAGUAA